AUGGCCAACAUUUUGGAGCAGCAGGGCAUUGCUUAUGUCCUUUGGGAAUCACAAUCCCAAGUCGCUCCUCCCGCCGGUGCCAGCAUUGGUCUGAUGCCAAAUGGUUUGCGGAUUCUCGACCAAAUUGGCGUCAUUCAAGAUCUCGAGCAAUAUGCAGUACCUCAUGAUGCAUGGGAGCACCGUGACGGCAACGGCACGCUGUACUGCACCUUGAGAUUCAUGCGAUCUUAUCCAGAUCAAGCAGUGGCAAGACUCGGCUACAGUGGAUUCUUCAUGGAAAGACAGCGUCUUCUUGAGAUUUUGUAUGCCAAGGUUGGAGAUAAAACGAAAGUCCACACUUCCAAAAGGCUCUCCUCGGUCCAAAACUUUUCGACCCAUGCCAUCAUCACCGCCACUGAUGGAAGCCAAGUUAGCUGCGACUUUGUCGUUGGGGCUGACGGCGUGCGAAGUGCAGUCCGCCGGGAAAUUGAAGCUUUGACACCGGGUCUGCAGGAAACCCUUGAUUCUACGUAUUUUGCAUCCAAAUAUGCUUGCGUUUACGGAAUUUCGAAUGCGCUCCCGCAAAUUACCCCAGGCCGUUUUUUUACUGUGUACCAAUCCGACGCAUCCCUGCUGAUUUUCUCUGGGAUGAAUGGCGUACUUUAUUGGUUUCUCAUUGAGGAUCUGAAGACGUCUGUUGAGUUCAGUGAGAACAAAAGAUACGCCGCGAAAGACAUCGAAGCGGCUUAUGCCAAAGUUGCCAAUACUACUGUCACAACGGGGGUCAAGUUUUCCGACAUCUUUGCGAACAGACGGACUGCUAUCAUGACCGGACUUGAGGAAGGGAUUGCGAAGAACUGGGUUAGAGGAAGGAUGGUUCUGAUGGGGGACGCUGCGCACAAGAUGGUUCCUCAUGCGGCUAUGGGUGCCAACCAAGCAAUGGAGUCUGCAGCUUGCUUUGUCAACCAUCUGUUGGAUCUCCGUGGUCAGCAUGGUGAUUCCAUCCCUCGCAACAUUCCGACUUCCGAUAUCGAGAAAUGCUUGAAGAGCUAUGUUCAAAAGCGUUGUGCUCGUGUCACAAACAUCACGCAAUCUGCCAACUUCUCUUGUCGGUCUCAGUUAAAAAUCGGUCCGGAAGCCGAAGCCUUCAUUCUCGGCCUUCCGAAUAUGAAAGAUGAAGCUUUUCUGAGCAAGAUUCUGCUCAUACUCAGUGAAGCUGAAAAACUCGAAAACUGGAAAAACAACAGUGGUAGAGUGGGAUUCUACAGUCAACAAGCGGAGAAAAUCAGACAGCAAAAGCAGGAUGUUUAG